UCAGUCUGGAAAAAAAAUUGAAUGGUGAAAGACGCCUGAAGACGAUGGAGUGUCCUUAUUGUCAGUUACCGUGUGUACAGAAGUGUGUCUGCAGUUAUGAAUUCAGGAACCUCAAACUGGAAUAAGAUAUGUCAGCGACUCUGCUUUGAUCGCUGCCGGUUUACGAAGAACACUGGCUGCCUCAGCUGUGAUCUGUGGAAAUGCCAUUUAACCCGGAAUGCCCAUGCUCUUAGCUGGUUUAACGUGCUAGCAUUUGGGGUAAGAAAGAGAAGAGACGCAAGACACAGGUGUAUGCAGCGCUCCAUCUGCAGGGGGGCACUGCCUACUGCAACCAAGUGGGGCCCUCCCCUCUCCCCCCGUCUGGAGCCAGACACAGCCAGCCUGGUGAGCCAACCGUCCUGCUAAAUGCUAAUGCAACCCGCCCCGUCCCAAGAGCCCAAGAGCCAGCCGUUCUAUAUAAGCGCGCCGCCCACGCCUCCCUCAUUUCAAUAUCCCCAACAAAUACAAGCGCGAUCAAGCUCGUCGCCUCCAUCACCAUGGAGCCGACCAAGCAAGGUGUCCCCGCCACCCCUCCUCGUCGCAACAGCAGCCGCAGCCGCAGCCGCAUCUGCCACCGGCCCCGUUGCCGCCGCCGCAGCCGUAUCCUCCACCACCCGCGCUGCCGCAGCAGCAGCGCGACGUCCAGCCCCCGCAGCCGCCGAUGUUGCUCCUACCCCCAGAGCCGCCGCAGGGGCUGGCGCCGACCGCUGCGCAUGGCGUGCUGUGGCAGCCGCAACAGUUCGUGGGGGUGAGGCCGUACUUGCCGAUGCCGCAGCCGCAGCCGCAACAGUUCGUGGAGGUGAGGCCGUACUUGCCGAUGCCGCAGCCGCAACAGCUCGUCGGGGGAGGGCGUACUUUCCGACCGAUGUGGGCCGGACAUCAGCCGGUGGUCCUCAAGCCAGCGCCAUCGACUCCUCCGCGCGGGAUGAUAACGCCAGCUUCGACACGCCCGCAGCGCUGACCAGGUGGAGCCCCGAUCGAGGAGUCCGGCGCCGGCUAUUCCUCGCAAGUUGACGCUGGAGGAGGAACAGGCUCUCUGUCUCGUCCGCCAGCUUGCGCCAGGGGAUGUGGGCUUCGUGGGUUCAUCCCCGUGCUUGGUUCGGUUGCUCAAGGAGGGCUGUGAGGUGGUUCGAAGGAUCGUGUUCGACGGGGUCAUGGGCGCCUUGCACUUCGUCAUGGGGAGCAGAGCGUGGCGCGUCGUCUUCGUCGAGCUGCUUCGCGCGGGAAGUUUCGACGAGCUCAAGGUCAUCGUCAAUGUCGCGUGCGAAAGUGGGCCCCCCCGAUCCACGUCGCGGAUGAUGCACGCGGGUGGGGAUGGCAUCUCUAGAGGGUCUCUUCAGGGCGGUGGAGCCGCACACCGGACUGCGCCAGCAGCUCAUCAAUUGCCUCCUGAACGAAGCCCUGUUCCACCACAAGAAAGGCCCGAAUCUUCACCACGUUCCCUUACGAGGAUUCUUCGUGAUGUGCUCUUGUCCGAGUUCGGGUGGAAGUCCAUGUUGGAAUGCUUCGUGGCCUCGAGAAACCCCGAGAACCAGGAAAUCGAGGAGCUCAUCGUGAGCCACACCGUUCAAUUCGCCAAGGGUAAAUACAGCAACAACUACUUGCAGGAAGUCCUCGAGCGCGGCAGCGACCAACUCCAGGAGAACAUCACGGGACGCGUCCUCACAGGGAACCUGGUGAUCCUGUCCUUGGACAAGCACGGGUCCCACGUGGUACGGGCGUGCUUCCUCCGGACGGGGUAGUGCCGCCCGGUGCUAGAACGCGUGCUCACGGAAUUCGAGCACCUGUCCGAGUGCCAGCUCUCUCAACUGGUGCAGGAACGCUUUGCCAACAACGUCGUCAGCGACCUGCUCCGGGCCGGCAAAGACCACUUCUCGGAUGCGACGAUGGCGCUGGCACGGAGGAUCCCGGAGCUGCUGGGGGUGGGGCGGGAAAAGGAGAACCAGACUUUGUUCGUGAAGAAGGUGAUGAAGGCCGUCAGGGAGGUGCUCUCCUAGCAACCGCUGCAGUCUUUGUUCUGUUCAUAGCGCACCGUGAAGCUUGCAAGGUAGUUAGUCUAAAUGUCAGUCGGUCUGUCUGUCAUGUUGCGCAAGGAUCAUGGAUGUGCCAGGCCGUUCUACAAAGCGGCGCUGCGUGUCGUGUGUGCUGUGUACUUCAGCUCGUGCGUUCAUAUACUACAGCUUAUACGUGUAGUUGCGAGGCUUAAAAAAAAAGGUACCCUUCUCCA